AUGUUCAAGCACCUCCGGUCACCUCUGUGCUGCCUCGCAGCCGUGGAAAGAAAAGAUAUGGAAGCGUACUCGCAUCCCUUCCGCAAAGUGAUCAUCAUGGGCAAGUACAUCAGCAACGAGACAAACUACACCAUCCAGACGCAAAGAGGCGAGACGGAGAUCGAAACCCGGAAGUACACUGGAACGGCCGCCAGCAUUCUGUGCAAGCUUGCAGCGCACGUCACCACGAGGUACUUGGCGCUGUCCGACACUCACAGUCGCAUCACCAGCCCUACUGACAUUCUCGUCAACGCCCAAGGUGACCCGAUCCUUCCCUACGUGGCUGCAUCAAGUUGGUCGUGCGCAGCAUUUCAGGGCUGCACUUCAGAGUUGGACGAAGCAGAGAGCUUCUACGGUGUGCGCUUGGACUACCACCACGACACCUUUGAGACGGUGUAUUAUACCGACCUUUACCAGCAGCACUGCGAAGACCGGGCACUUGUGUUGCGCAGCCUGCCGAAGUACAGCCAGUGUGGCUUCGUGCACCCUCCCACGGCCGAUGGUUACAUUGCCUGGAUGUUGUCCAGGACCGGCUCCGCUUUCGACUACGUUCCCAAAGCCAAGCAGCAAGUCGGCUUCCGAGCCUGGAAUGUCCUCGCCGCGGCACAUCCUGUCGACCCGAGAAGGUGCUCCGUGUACCGGCAGGAGGAUUUCUUGGUGGCGGAAGGUAACAUCUCGUCCUGCAGCCUCAUCAUCGAGGACCCGACCGGCUGCGUUGACAACGUAGGCUGCACCUGGAAGCCGAUGUUCGGAAGUGGCAAAUGCAUCGAAACGCCGCAGGUGCCUUACACACUGAUGACCCCGCAGCUCAUUACGACAACGACAACAACGGUGUCGGCCACAACCUUCACCUCGACGACCAGCUCGACCUUCACUGUACUUCCGGGUCAGUGUCGGCCGCCAACCGCGGAUUCCGCCGUUGAUCUCUCGGACUGCCAGGGGAAGGAGGUGGGACAGACGUGCCAGGCGUCCUGCUUGCCCAGCUUUGACGGCUCUCCGACGACGCUGACGUGCAGUGAGGAGCCGUCUGGGAACGCAUUCGUUGGGGCGAUGCCGGUCUGCCAAACCACAACGCAAACUAUGACCUCGACCAGCACAAAGACUGAACUGGUCAUCUGUUCUGGUGGCCUGCCGUCAGGACGUGGUGUCAUCACCAGUGACUGCGUGGACAAAGCCAACGGUCAGACCUGUCAGGCGACUUGCGACACGGGCUUUCAGGGAGGCCCCGCAGAGUAUUACUGUGAGCCCAGCACUGGACUCUUCGAGGGGCCCAGUCUGGCGUGCCUCCUGCCGAGCUGCUCUACUUCGAGCCUCCCAACGGGCUUCGAUGCCUCCGACUGCGACAAUACAGAGGUAGGGAGCAUCUGCUUCCUGCGGUGUCCUGCUGGAUAUCUGGCCGCUCAGUCUGUGUAUUCUUGUGGGAUUGAUCAGAACUUCACCGGAACCCCGCCCGUCUGUGAGAGGAUCCAGUGCAGCGUCAGCUCGAUCCCUUUUGACAUCGGCGCGAACACCACGGCGUGCCUGGGCACGGUGGCGGGUGACUCGUGUGAGGUGACGUGCAUGUACGGCUACGAGGGCAGCCCGGCGAACCAGUCAUGCGGCGCCGACGGCAUGUUCACUGGAUCGGCCACUUCCUGCACACGAAAGGCCUGCCCGAUUCCUUCGGACAUGGUGGGUGAUCUAUCCUUCUCCACGGACUGUGCGGGCGUAAAGCACGGAGAUCUUUGCAUGGGCACGUGCAACGAGGGCUACUCCGGCUCCCCCAAGCAGAUGGACUGUGACAAUGGCAUCUUGCUGGGUGAGAAGCCCAAUUGUACUGCGCUGAUUUGCUCCUUGGAAGGCGUGUCAAUUGGGGUCGGAGUCACGGCCGAGGCAUGCGUCGGGACCACCACGGGUCGCAGCUGUGAUCUGGGCUGCACCCGCGGAUACGAGGGCGUCGGAUCCGCGAACAUGUCUUGCCAGACGGACGGCAGCUUCGCACGCAGCACCUUCUCUUGCGCGCCAACGAAGUGCUUAUCGCUCUCGUCGAUUUCACCGUUCUCGGAGCCACAGUUCGCGGACUCCUGCGUGAACCAGACCUAUGGGGACAUUUGCACAACCUUCUGCGCGACAGGCUGGGAUAUCCAGGGCAACGCGACAGUGAUGGUAUGUGACGCCACGCCGGAAACCAGUGCACGCUAUGCGGAGUUCGUGGGCCUCAUCCCCGCCGAGAACUCCACCGGUCCUGUGUGCAUGAGCAAGAUGUGCGUGACCGGAGUUCCAAGCCGACGGGGCAUUGAGCAUGACUGCGUCGGCAAGACCACUUUGCAGACUUGCUCCGUCACGGCGGCGUUCGGCUUCACCAUGACAGCAACGCCCCUGACGUGUGGUGUGGAUGGUGGCUUCCGGGGCAAUGUGCCAGAGGUGGCAGAGGCCACAUGCGCCGCACCCGACUUCGGCGAGGGUGUCGGCAGCACCUGUGGAAAUCUGAAGAUCGGCGCUGAGUGCUACGCCUAUUGCUUGACCAACUACACCGGAGAUCCCCAGCCCUACCGCUGCGUGGCCAACGAUACGACCGCCACCAUCCAGGUCGAGGCGCAGGGCAGCAACAUCUCCUGUGUUGCUGAUGGCGGCCGUCGGCUGGCCGAAGAGCGAAUGCUUGCGGCGAGCUGCGGUCAGGCCGCCGUGGAUGCUUUCGGCUUGAACUCCAUCGAGUUUCUGCACAGCUGCGACAGCCUCGUCCACGAUGAUGUGUGCAUCAGCCAUUGCAGCCGUGGGUAUGAGUUGAGCGGCGCUGCUGCGCUGACCGUCUGUGACAACGGGGCAUUGGUCGGCAGUGCUCUUCCCACUUGCGUUGCGCUGCCGUGCACCUACAAUGUGCCUAGCGCGGUGGGUCUCGAGCACAACUGCACCAAUGUCACGACUGGAGGCACCUGCCAGGCUGGUUGCACCGCCCCGGGAUUCGAGUAUGCUUCUGGCAACAGCGCGUCAGAGUUCAAGUGCGAAGCGACCAGUGAGUUUAACGGAACUCUGCCGUCCUGCCAGCGCGUCACCUGCACCGACCUGACCAUGGGGCCGAAGUUCGCGCACAAUUGCGCGGGCAUGGUGUUCCAGGACACCUGCGGUGUAAGCUGUGCCAAGGGCUGGACUCUUGUUGGCUGGGGUUCGCAGUUUGAGUGCAUGGCGGAUGGCACCAUUGCCGGUGCGGCCCCCGACUGCGUCGGCAACCCCUGCGCCAACACUAUCCCAACGGAUGCGGCUUUCUCGGGCGAGGACUGUGAUGGCAUGACGACCGACAUGCAAUGCAACGUCACCUGCAAGCCGGGCAGCACACCGAACUCGGCAAUCAUGACUUGCGACGCCAGCGGAUCUCUCAUCGGAACGCUGCCGAUCUGCAAACCGGCAGAAUGCCCGGCGAAUCCCAUGCUCCAGGAUCCGUCGAUUGCGCACAACUGUCAGGGCAUCUUCUUCGGCCGCAGCUGCAGCGUGUUCUGUGCACCGGGGUACGAGCUCCGAAAUGGUGGCGCUGGGGAGGUCUGGCAGUGUGACCUCGGUGGCAGCGGACUGUCACUGACCGGGGUUCUGCCGGUGUGCGAACAAAUUACUUGCCCCAGCAUUGGCGCCUCUGACAUCCUUGUGGACAACUGCUCGACCAUGGUUGCUGGCGAGUCCUGCGAGCAGACAUGCAAGAAGGGGUACCUGCCAGCGAGCGGCAACACCACCAGCACCCGCUACAACUGCGACCUUCAGGGUCAGGUUUCCAGCGACGGCUCGAGCCUCCAAUGUGACCGAAUCGAGUGCAACAGCAACAUCGUCAUCCCCAACGUUGACCACACGUGCGCCAACGUCCUGUCGGAUCGCUCGUGCUUCGCCUUCUGCAGUCAGGGGUACAGGAUGCAACAGAGCCAGGUUCCGCAAUGGUCCUGCGCCAGCGCCGAGAGUGGCCUGAACCCGGUGAGCAACGUUCCCAUGAUAGAUGGCUACACAUUGCGCGGUGAAGUCCCUGUCUGCACCGCCAUCCCAUGUCUGUACAACGUGCCUUUUGGGAUCGAGUACACCGAUGACUGCACGGGCACAGCGACUGCUGCUACGUGCACCGUCUCCUGUGCUGCGGGUUACUACCCCGGCAUGGAGACGUGGACGUGCCUGCCGGACGGCACCUUCAACGGAACAUACCCGGUGUGCCUGGAGAUCACCUCAACCGCAACCAGCACGUCGGUCACAACGACGCUGUCAACGACCACAUCGUCCAUGUCAUCGACGACCUCCGUGACCUCUACAAGCAGCACGACGACCUUUUGGAAUGGCACCGUCUUGCUCACCGGCUCCUUUGACUUGACACCGCUUCGCGAAGAGGACUUCGUUGGCCGCCGGCUUGAGACUGCUGAGGUGCGUGCUGGCUUCCUCGGCGCCUCGCUGGUGGAAGAAGGACUGACCAACGCACUCGCCUACCUGCUGAAUGUCGAGCCUGCCGCUGUGAAAGUCAACCUGACGAUCGCGGUAGACAACGAGACCGAGGCGGAGUUGGUGCGGUGUUACUACGAUGCCGACCGGGCCUUUCCCACGCAGGAGGAGGCAGACAACUUCACCGAGUGGCUCGCUAGCGAGCUGAACGGCACCAGCACCGGCGAGGACGAGGGGAGUCUGAUCGUGCUUCGGCACUUCAGUCGAAACAAGCGGCACAGGCAAGCGCAGGCACGGCUGCACCUAGUGCAAGCCAGGAUCUACACCCAGGCCGUGCUCACGAGGUUCACUGCGAAGUCCGAGGUCACCCAGUGCUCCUGCUCAACUGCUAUCAUGUUCCGGUACUGGUCAACGAGCUUCUUCUCGAACAUGCCAAGACCUUCCAACCGAGGGACCCAGGAGCAGGCACCUCAGACGCGGCUCCGACAGCACAACCUCUGUGGCGGCUUCAUAACAAUCGGCAGACUGCACUAA